UGUCCAACUCAUCUACACUUCUACACGCAUCGGAAGUUCACAUCGUCGCAAAACAAACAAACCUCACUCACCGUUUUAUACCUAGAGCUGCAAUACCAAUGGACAUUGUGUCCCAUGUUCGAUGAUAACCGCUAUGCGCUCGCAAUUCCGAUAGCUUGAUGACAACGUGGAGCCGCCGUUGGCUCGCAAUGCAUCAGAAUGUUUCGCAACGAUCCACGGCUUCGCCGAACCCUCAAUCAACUCUCUCAGAACCUUGAAGCUGCGAACGAGACCGCCCAAGUCGGUUUAUAUUCAUUCUCCCAAACAUAUAUCGACCCAUGCGUGUCGUCGGUUACCCAAUGCCUCACCUCCUGUGUUGGAACAUGCUUUCCUUCCAGAGACGAGAAGCUCCGACAAGAUCGCGCUCGGAGACGAACGAGAGGAAGAGGAAGGGCCGAGUUGAACUUUGAUUUCUACGACGACUGGGAUGAAGAAGGAGGAGAGGACUCCGGAAUCUUGGCGUGGGGCAAUGAUGAGCUCGAUCGACUAUUGUCCGGCUCGGGGAGUCGAAAUGCUCAGCCAGGACGCGAACAAGUUAUGUCCUACGGAACGCGCAGGGAUCGAUUGGUAAGCGGCGAAAGGGGGAGACGAAAGAGUGGAGGGCAACCGCAUGACGUGGGAGUGGAUCCGACCAUCAUUCCCAACUCGAACUAUUUUGGAUUCCUCGGACGGCUCCCUUGGAAGAUUGGUGGAAAGGGACUGAAAUACAGGCCCUCGGCUGCGGAUUUACAAGACCACCCGGGACAACGAAGAGCGGGACUGGAGUGGGACGAGUCGCACCAACCGCUUAUUGAAGACAGCGAGGAGGAGGCAUGGGCAUCGGUUUCACACCCCGACGGGCGAGGGAAAGCCAAGGGAAACAUGAAAAGGCACACGCGCAAUCGCAGUAGCACUACCGCGUCGGGACAGACCGAGGACUCGCUGAGUUCCAGAGGAGAUAUUUUCCCUAGCGAAGACGAACUCGACGAUGCAGUUCCGCUCGACGAUGAGUUCGCCAUGGUACUCGAAACUCGACCCGUAGGCUCGGAAGAAGCGCUUAGUGGGAAGACGGACAGCAAGCGACCGUCUCGAUCCAGAGUCUCCACCCGAUCCGUGUCGUCUAAGAGCAUUCGGCAUGACGGCGAACAGCGGAUAAAAGAUGCCAAGUCUAGGGUAUCCAUACUUGAAGACGAGGAUGUUGACGCGCCUAUGCUUGAUGAUUUAAAAGAUGAAGAUCUUCGCCUUGAGAGGCAGGAAGAGGAAGAUAUAUCGAGAAAGAGGCGAGCAGCUCAUCGGCUUGCGAUGGAGCGUGGUCUGCCAUCGAACUCACCUAAGGUAUGCCGUCGCCAUGCCCGAAGUUUUCCUCGUAGCUUACAGCAGUAGUUCUUGCAUGAAGAGAGCCCUCCAGUUCAAGCACCAGUCAUCAAAACGUUGCCAUCUCUAGGUAACGGAGACCCUAACAUGUCCCCCCGAGACGAACACAAGUUGGAGCCAGAAAUGUCCACGAUCCAUUCCGCCUCGGAACCAAACUCUGCCGGGCCCCUUUCGACGAUUACGCCUACGA